CUCCUAGCUAGGCCCUGACUUGGAUCAUGAACUCUGUGGAUGCAGGGCUCACUACUUCACACGACGAUCACCAAUCCCGACUCCGGACAUCUAGCGACCGGCAACGCAAACUACAAACGCUUGAGAUUGUACCAUUGUGGCGGUGGAGGCUGCCUGUCGACCGAACCCGCGCAGCCCCUGAGCAUCUCCAACGGAACUCGACAUCAUGACGGACGCUGUUGUUGAAGCGGCUCUGGCAGCGAGCGCCGAACCUACCGAGAUCGGCCGAACAUUCGAAGGAGAGAACAAGUUCCAGCAUGCGAUAUCAUCAUGGCGAAACAUCGAUCUCACCAGCCUCGUGUCAACCCUCGAUAAUACGGCGUCCGAUAUUGUAGCCUACCAGCGCGACUCAACAGUACAGCGCAAGGAACUAGCACAGAAGACCAAGGAGUUUCGAAAGCUGGACGAUGGGUCCAAGCUGACAGAGAUCAAGGCUCUCCUGAAAGCCUACCAAACCUUUAUUGACCUCCUCACAAACCACUCCAAAUCCGUUAAUUCGGCAUUUUUGCAAACCUACACAUCCUUCUCCGAUGCUCCAGAUCCAUACCCCCUGCUCGAGGCGUCGGUCGACUCCAUGCUCAUGUCCGAGGAUACCUUGCCCAAGCUCAGCGAAGAGAACCAGCAUCUUCAGGAGAGCGUCUCUAGGCUGUCUUCACAGCUGGAAGAGACCGAGACUAAACUCCAAACCGAGCGGACCACCCGAAAGGGGCUUGAAGACGACCUUGAGAGUCGAGUCAGGGAGGUUGAGUCCUCGUGGACAGCGGUGCUAGAGGAGAAGACGGACAACUGGGAGGCUAAGGAGAAGGCGCUGGAGGAUAAACUGGAAAAUCAAGACCGUCUGUUGAAUGAAAUGAGGGCGAGUUACGAGGUCAACCAACGAUUAGGCAAGGGUGGGGAUGACCAGGAACAGCGCAACCAGGUUUCCAGCGCCGAGCUUGAGAUGCUUCACUCGGAUCUCGAACGUACAAGCACCCGAUUGGCUGAGGUGCAGGCACGAAACGAGCAGAUGAGACUGGAGCUGGCCCAGUCCAAGUCUUCGGUGCCAUCCCAACCUGAGACAUCCCUCGAGGAUGACCCUGGAUACAUGCGUAUGCGUUCAGAGAACCAGUCCAUGAUUCGCAAGCUGGAUGCUGCUAGGGUGGAAAAGGAGGGACUGAAGCGAGACCUCGAUGCCCGACUACGAUCUAUGGAGAGGGAGGCGGCUUCAUUGAAGGAUGAGAAGGAUGCUCUGAAGGCCAAGGUCCAGAAGUGGAAUGACUACGACGAAGUGAAGCAGGAACUGGAGGUCCUCAAGAGUAUCGAGUUCUCGACUGGAGAUGAUGACGAGGUGCAGAUCGAGGCAAGCGACGCCAAGGGCAAUGCCCUAGAGAAGCUUCUACUGGCACGCAACAAGAAGUUGGGCGACGAGCUGACGGUCCUCCGGGUUUCGCACCGAGACCUCCAAACUCGGCUAGAGGACCUCCAAGAGGAGUUGUCCAGGACGAACGCUGAGCUAGAGAGAUCUCAGAACCUCAACGAGAAGCUUGAAAGCGACUUGGAGAAUCUCCAGGAGGAGGGUGCCAAUAUCUUCCCGUCAGGAGCUUCUGUCGCUGGAACAUAUAUCACCAAGGCGGCCGGCCGCCGCCAGAGCGGGCGUAUCUCACCGACGUCGUCCAUCAUUAGCGGCAUGGACCCCCGUGGUAUGGGUGGAGAACGUGAGCAAGUUUAUGGAGGUGGCUCGGGUAUCUUGCCCAUGGUUACAGCCCAACGUGAUCGAUUCAAGAAGAAGAAUGCAGAACUGGAGCAGGAACUGUCGGAGACUCACAGGUCGGUGUCGCAGCUGCGGCAGGAGGUGGCCGCGUUGCAAAAGGACAACUUGAACCUGUACGAAAAGACCAGAUACGUUUCGACGUACAACCGCGGAGGUUCCUCGACCACGUCGACAGCGUACGGGUCAAACGCGAACCCCUCGACGGUCUCGAUCGGCGAGACCGGCAACCCUGGAAUCGCAUUGGAUCGGUAUCGCCAGGCUUACGAGUCCAACCUCUCGCCGUUCGCGGCGUUCCGUGGCCGAGAGUCCGCGAGGGCAUACCAGCGCAUGAGCUUGCCGGAGCGGGUGGUGUACUCGCUGACCAGGAUGGUGCUGGCGUCGCGGAUGAGCCGAAACCUGUUUGCGGUAUACUGCGUGGUGCUCCACCUCAUGGUGUUCGUGUCGAUGUUCUGGCUCGGCUCGUCGGACUUUGAGCAGCAUAUCGGGACGACAGCUGCGGCCGCAGCGGCAGCUGGUUUGGCGGGGGCAGGAAGUCCGAUGGACGAAGCCCCCAAGAACCCUGGGAAAUAGAUCCGGGAUAAAAUUGAGGGUGGUCACAAGAGGAGUCAUGAGGGCCCUGCUUGUGCGUGUACGUGUAGUAGGCGGCAGGAUAGGCAUGGGUGUGGGAGGAGCCGGUGUGGGCAUGCCGUGUAUUCCAUAAUGCAAUAGGGUGUUUCUUGGGUAGCGGUCACUAUCGAAUCUAUGAAUAUGUUCUUCCCAACGCGCUGGGCCAUGAGGGGCGCCAAAGACCGAGCUAUUGUCUCUUGGCAAGGCGACCUGGC